GCAAAGGGACAAGCAGUUUAGAAUUCUUGUGUGAUUCGUUUGUUUCUCUUUCUCUCUCUCUUUUUGUUUGUCCAUGAAUUAUUUUUUUCUCCACCCUCUAGUGUUCCUCCUCUUCUACUUAAACUGAGAACAACCACCUUGAGAACCACAAAAACCAGAGCAAAGAAACACAGAAAACAGAUCCUUUAUCUACCACUCUGCACUCUUUCACCUGAUCACCACAUUAAAGGGCCAAUCGCUCCAAGAAAGAGGAGUUAAAUGGAUAUAUCAAGUUCGCAAUACAAUAGUGCUGAUGAAUCUGGUUGGACACAUUACCUGGACCAAUCCUCUCUCUCUCAAAGCUAUUUCCAGAGGAGAGGUGGGAUAGUACACUAUGAAGGAAAGGGGGCUACAAUGGAGGAGGGGGAGGAGGAAGAAGAAGAUUUAUCCAUGAUCUCUGAUGCUUCGUCUGGUCCUCCUCAUUACCAUGAAGAUGAUGAUCAACACAAUUGUGUAAAUUGGUAUUCUUCUUCUUCUCACCACACCAAAGAAUCAGAAAAGAAGAAGAAGAAGAAGGUCAAAGAAUAUGGUAACAAUCAACAUCCUUCAACCCUCGACGACACUGCCAGUUCCCCUGUUCUUACCUGUGUUAAGAAGAAAGUCAGUUUCUCAGGGAAUGGAGCAGUGGAGAAUGGUGUGGAAUUCCCUCCAUGCUUCUCGGGAACAAAAGUAAAGAGAAAAUCUAAAUUCCAGAAACACUUCAGUUUCUUUGAGCGUUCUGGAAAACAAACUUCAGAGGAACCAGGUGAUCCAUUUUUUUGGACAUUAUGUUGUUAAUGUUUGUGUCCUUCCUAUAAGCUGGCACGUGCCUCGUAGUAAUUUGUUUCAUCAUUUUUCUCCUGAUGUUAGAUGGUUUCAAUGAAGGAAAGAAAUGACAAUUUUACCUGUGGCUUUUGCUUCUACUGUGGAAAGAAAGACCCGGGGAUAUCAAAGUAGAUGCUGUUCAAUGACAAAUAGAACUCCUUUUUUUCAAAAGAAGAAAAAGGAAUGUCUCUUAUGUUGUAAUGUUACUGUUUUUUGUAAUUUUACUGUUCUUUUUAGUGGGUGCUGUGUUACCACUGCCAAUGCAGUUUGGAACAACAUAAAAGAAUAUAAGAAACUCUAAGAGGUUUCUGAUUCCAUUUUCUCUGCUGUCAUCUGAUGAAUAUGCUCACACUUUUUUUAUACA